CGCUACGCUCCUCGGCGCCGUCGCUCCGCUCCGCAAAUCGAAAAUAUCCCCCGACUUGCUGUGCAACACCACCUCAAGUUGGUCACAGGGUAACCACAGGUUAACCACCGUACAACCACUCUUAUCGGUCUUUAUCAUUAUUCGGACAACUGCCAGCCACCGAUUAACGUAUCGGAAUUUUUAAAAAUAAUUCUAUAUUAAUAGUUAAUACCACUUUUUAUUUAUUUUUGUAAUUUAAUUGAAUCAAUAUGAAUGAAAUACCUGAACAUGUAUUCACAUAGUCGGACAUGUUAUUUUAUUUCAAUUUUUUUAAAAUCUAUGUCCGGCUAUUACGCUCAACAUGCACGCACGUAGUUGCGUAUGAGCUCCGUUAUCGCACUCGCAGUUCGAGACUCGCUCCAGACAUCAAUGUCUAACAAACGCAAUUUUUCAAAUUCGUCAAUUUCGCCAAAAGUUGCUGAUAAAAAGUCAAAAAAAUUCGUUACACCUAAUCGGUAUGCCGCCUUGUACUCUGAUGAUUCUAGUGACAACAUAUUUAAUACAUCCACCAAGAGUGCAACAGUUUGCAACGAAAAAUCAGGUCUUGCAAAACAAAAUAUCGAGCAGCCUACGCUCGAUACACAAGACGUCACGCCACCUCCGUUUUACAUCUCCAACAUCUCAAAUUUCUCCGCCUUCACAAAUGAGCUAACAAGGUUGACCGGUCCAAACGCAUUUACCUCUUGCGUUAAUCGCUCAUUCAGAGUCGCAAUAAGAAAUCUCCACCAUUCCACAUUGUGUACGGAAAUUUCUGUCGCCUUGUCGGAAGAAGGACAUUCUGUGAAACAAGUUAUCAAUGUCCAAGAUAAAAAUAGACGCGGUCUCCCAUUAUUUUUUGUUGAUUUAUAUCGUCAGAAUAAUAACAAAGAUAUUUUCAAUAUCACUUCGCUACUUGAUACCAAAGUUAUAAUCGAAAAACCUCAUCAGUCCCGCCGUGGUCCGCCUCAGUGCCAUAAUUGUCAAGCCUACGGCCAUACCGAUAAUUACUGUCAACAUGAAUCUAGGUGCGUCAAAUGCGGUGGAGACCACCGCUCCGUGAACUGCACAAAGGACGCCGAGCUAGUCCAGCCAAAUGCGCGCUCUGUUCUGAGGUACACACGGCCAACUACAAAGGAUGCCGUGUUUAUCAAUCCGUUACAAAAAAACGCAAAAAUACAAAUGUACCAACGCCUACAAAGUCUUCGUCAAACGAUGUCCCAGGAGAUCAUGCUCGGCAGCUUUCAAGGAAAUCCUAUGCUGCAGUGACCAAAACGGUAACCUCUUCCAUGGAAUCCAUCACAAAUGUUUUAUCAGAAUUUAUUUCUAAUUUUAACUCUUUAAUUACUCCACUAAUUAAUCUCCUUACCGAGAUUGUCAAUAAACGUUUCUGUCCAUAGUGUACAGGUUUUUCCCUUUUUAUCUAUCUUUUCAUCGUAUAUCAGACCAUACCUACAAUUACUUAUUUUUAUUUACUUUAGUUUAUAUAAACACGUUGCUAUUUUAUCUAUUUGUAUACAUUUUGCUCAUGCUAACAAAUAUCAUUAAUUUUAUAUGUCAUACUAUAUUUUAUACCAAUUGUAAUUAUCCAUAGUACUUAAAAAUUUUAAUUAUCAUGUUAUAAUGUUAAAAAUUAUGUAAAUUUUCAAUAUCCCUAGAUUUAGAUAGCCUUAGGCUAGGAAAGUCUUAUGUUUAAUUAAUAAAAAAAAAAAAAACAACAUUUUUGGUAUGAAAUGUUUAU